UUAAAUGAGCGAGGUUUUAAAUGAGCGAGGACUUUUAAUUAGCGAGGGUUUUUGCAGUCAUAGAGCGGCGUUGAAUGGACUUGUUUUUGUUGCUCGACCAGUUUAUAUUGCGGAAGUUACCACUGUUGAAUCAGUGGGGUGUACCGUGUAAACAUUGUUGAACCAUAUAACAGCUGCUGACUCCAGGAAUUAAGUGGUUCCAAAGAUGAAAGCAUUACAAUUAUAUAUGUUGUUGCACAUAAUUUUGACAGCCAGUGUCGUGGUGAAUACGUUCAGUCCGUUUCAGGAUUUUAAGAACCUAUUGAGGAAGAUCUUCAAUCCAGAGGAAAGUUGUGAUUCGACGUGGAUAUCAUUCAAUGCAUCAGGUCUCGAGGCUGACCUGGAAAGCAAACUGUUCGGACAGCACAUUGCGUCAGGCAUCAUCCUGAAAGCUGUGAGUGGAUUCAUGAGCGAUGAGAACCCGAAGAAGCCCCUGGUGCUCUCUCUGCACGGACGGACCGGCACAGGGAAGAACUUUGUCAGUAAGCUGAUUGCUAAAAACAUUUACAAGAAUGGAGAGGACAGCAGCUUUGUUCAUGUUCUCACAUCUGAACUUCACUAUUCGCAUCAAAGUAAAUUUGAUAUCUACAAGGCUGAGUUACAGCAGCGGAUCAAAGGCAAUGUUACCAGCUGUGCACGCUCCAUGUUCAUCUUUGACGAGAUGGACCAGAUGCAUCCUGGCUUGAUUGACACCAUAAAGCCGUUCCUGGGGUACCACAGCAAGCUGGAUGGAGUUUCUUAUCGAAAAGCCAUCUUCAUCUUCCUCAGUAACGCUGGAGGGGAGAGCAUUACUCAGACAGCUUUAGAUUUCUGGAGAAACGGACAAGAUCGAGAAGAGAUCAGGCUAAAAGACCUGGAAACAUUGCUCUCUGUGUCGGCAUUUAACAACAAGAACAGUGGCUUGUGGCAUUCAAGUUUGAUUGACAAGAACUUGGUGGACUUCUUUGUCCCAUUUCUGCCUCUGGAGUAUCGACAUGUUGUCCAGUGUGCCAUGGUCGAGAUGAGAGCAAGAGGACUUCAGCCAGACCUGAAUGUGGCAGAUCAGGUGGCCAAAGAUUUAAUAUAUUUUCCCAAAUCUGAGGAGGUGUUCUCCGCCCAAGGCUGCAAAACUAUAUGUAGAAGGUUGCACAACUACACAUAAUGCCAACAUGUGAUGGAUGCAUAAUGUGCUCUUUUUAAAACACUCUCAGCCAAAUGAAUGAAAAAGUCAAGCUAAAUAUUGGAAAUAUUUAUACUAUAUGUAUCAUCCUAACAUUAGUAAUAAACAUGCCUUUAGAUUGUUUGUGUAGCCAAUAAUUCCUGUUAUGUUAACACAAUUGUUGGAUUUGAGGAUGUUGAGCUUACCUCUUCCUCUAUGUUUUAUCACUGGAUUCAACUCUUUUGGAAGUUCAUUAGAGGAUCUCCUUAUUUUGAGAAAAUAACUCAUUAAUUCAAGUG